CUAUAAAACGCCUCUCCCCAGAGUAGAGGGGCCAGAGGAGUAAAGCUGGUCAUUCAGAUUGGAACCUAUUAGAUCCUCACUUGUUCUUGACGGAGUAUUUCAACAGAUCGUUUCGUGUUGCGUUAUACUACAGACGGGACUAUGAUGAUCCCAAGCGUCCUUGCGCCUAAUGCGAUGUACCCAGGCCUUUACCGCCCCUCCGCAGCCUUGCCGCUCCACCAGUCCCUUCAGAACGCGUUUCCAACCCACUCCAGCUUCCUAGUGGAGGACCUGCUGCGGAUAAGCAGGCCGGCGGGGUACCACCUCAGCCGGACGCUCCCCUCAGCAAGCGUCUCCCCGGCGACAACCACCACCACCAUGUCCUUCAGUGCCAUGCCACAGGAGCGCAUCGUCUCUCCAACUGCCUUGACGCGUGAAUCAUGCUCGCCGAAAACGUCACAACCGAGCAGUAAAGACCCAACUUAUCUUAAGUUUGGAGUCAGCGCAAUCCUUGCACCAUCACCAAAGACCGCAUCGUUGCCACCCGCCAUCCACCACAGUAUGCACCCCAAGGCUUUCUCUCUCCCCUACUUCGACGGAUCCUUCCACCCCGCCUUCUUCAGGACUACAUAUUUCCCAGCAUCUUCAUCGGUCGUGCCCAUCCCCGGGACCUUCUCUUGGCCACUGGCCAACAGAGGAAAGCCGAGGAGAGGGAUGCUCAGACGGGCAGUGUUCUCUGACGUGCAGCGCAAAGCUCUGGAGAAGAUGUUCCAGAAACAGAAAUACAUCAGCAAACCAGACAGAAAGAAGCUGGCCUCAAAGCUCGGUCUCAAAGACUCGCAGGUUAAAAUCUGGUUCCAGAACCGCAGAAUGAAGUGGAGGAACUCUAAAGAGAGGGAGCUCCUGUCGUCAGGAGGUUGUCGCGAGCAGACCCUGCCCACCAAAACUAACCCACACCCAGACCUCAGCGACGUCGGCAAGAAGUCCUCCGCGGAGGAAGAGGAGGAGGACGAGAUGGAAGAGGACCCAUUCGGCGCUAGAGGCGCGCCUGGCCUUUGCCAUGCCCCCACCGCGGGGCGCGGCGGAUCGAACCUCUCGUCGCCAUCUCUCUCCAGCAAGCACUCGGAAUUUUCAGAAUCGGAUGAAGAAGAGAUCACAGUUUCUUAAUUUAUUUAUAAAAACUCAAAGAUAUGUUUAUAAAAUGGUUAUCCACAGAUGAACUGUACCUAUGUGACCAGGUUAGCAAGAGGCAGUAUCCCUUAAUUUAGGCCCAACUAGUAAGAAUAAAUGUAUUUCUUUCAUAUUCCAAUUUUUUUUUAAACAAUGAACUUCUGUCAAAUCAAUUUAGGCUACAUCCCUGAUUAUUUAUUUUUAAAAUAACUGCAGGGUUUAUUUUAUAGGAAGGCCCUAAGGAAGAUUUGGUUGGUGGGCCCCCACCAAGAGGGCAAUUUCCUUUUAGUGGCCCCCCUCUUGACAGCAGAGACGUUUUAAAGUCAAUUUAUUGCAAUUCUACACAGUUUGCCAUGUGGCAUAUGGAAAAUGUUGCAGUUUUAAAGCAAGUUUGCAGCAGUUCUACAC